AUGCUCGCGAUCGCGUCCACGGUCGGCGGCGUCGCCGCGCGCGCGUCGCCCGCGUCGUUCCGGAAGUCGUCCGCGCGAGCCCGAUCGCCCGCGGUCGUCGUCGUCGCGCGCGCGACGGGAUCGUCGCGAUCGUCCACGCCCUCCUCCUCCUCCGAGACGGACGCGGCGCCUCCUCCGACGCCAUCGCGCCGCGAGACGCUCGCCCUCUCGCUCGCGACCGCGACCGCCGCGAUCCUCCCCGCCCUCGCGCGCGCGAACCCCGCGCUCGCGGCGUACGGCGUCGACGCCGGCUCCGCCGGCGACGCGUCGUCCGGCCCGGUCACGUUCGCCACCUUCUACGGCGCCGCGUCGCCGCCCGCGACGUACGGCUAUCUCGGCGGAACCACCCCGGAUAAGGCGAAGUACUCGUACGACGUCCCGAGCGACUGGGUCGAGGAGGCGCCGUCCAAGGUGGAGAAAGGCGCGGGCGGGCAGGACUCGCGGUGGGUCAAGUCCGGGUCCAGGGGCGCGGUGCGAGCCGUGUGCCUGACGCUCAACCGCGCGGGAGAGGACGGCGCCGCGUUCGACCUCACGGACAAAGCCUUGAACGCGAUCGCGGGCGCGGACGCGAAGCUCCAGGAGGCGAUCACCACGGGGGAGAUCAAGCGGAGCGUGACGAAGAGCGGCGCGGACGCGCGGGAGUACGCGUCGUUCGACAUCUCCGGCGGCGCGACGGGGAGCAGUUACGGGGUGAAAAUCACGGUGGACAACACGGGGCGGCUGUUCGCGUUCGUGGUGUCGGCGCCGGACCGCGCGUACGCCGCGGAGAGAGCGACGUUGGGGAGGAUGCUGGACAGCUUCCGGACCUACGACUCCGCGUCGCAGUUCGUGUGAUGACUGUAGACGCGGGAAGCGAAUGUAUACAUAACGCAAUCGUUUGAUCGGUUU